AGACCCAGCCUGUGCCAGGAAGGUGGCCCAAGCUUGAGGCGGAGCUCUGACCUGGUUGUCCCUGAGCAGCCUCCCAGCAGGGAGAAGCCAUUUGAGUGCUUGGAAUGUGGGAAGAGCUUCAGGAGGAGCGCUGACCUGCUCAAGCACCAGCGCAUCCACACUGGGAAAGGGCCCUGCACGUGUGGGGAAUGUGGGAAGAGCUUCAGUGACAGCUCCAGCCUCCUCCGACACCAGCGCAUCCACACUGGGGAACGACCCUACAUGUGUAGGGAAUGUGGGAAGAGCUUCAGGAACAGCUCCAGCCUCAUCCGACACCAGCGCAUCCACAGUGGGGAACGACCCUAUACAUGUAGGGAAUGUGGGAAGAGCUUCAGGAACAGCUCCCACCUGAUCCGACACAAGCACACCCACACUGGGAAAUGGCCCUAUUUGUGUGGGGAAUGUGGGAAGAGCUUCAGACAGAGCUCCAACCUCAUCCGACACCAGCAAAUCCACACUGGGAAACGACCCGGAAAAGGGCAGGAAGGCGGCCGGAGCCUGAGGCGGAGCUCUGACCUGGUUGUCCCUGAGCAGCCUCCCAGCAGAGAGAAACCCUUCAGGUGCUUGGAAUGUGGGAAGAGCUUCAGCCGGAGCACCACCCUGAUCCAACACCAGCACAUCCACACUGGGGCACGGCCCUACACAUGUGGGGAAUGUGGGAAGAGCUUCAACCAGAGCUCCCACCUGAUCAAACACCAGCGCAUCCACAGUGGGGAGCGACCCUACAUGUGUAAUGACUGUGGGAAGAGCUUCAGUGGCAGCUGCAGCCUGAUCCAACACCAGCGCAUCCACACUGGGGAACAGCCCUACACGUGUGGGGUAUGUGGGAAGAGCUUCAGGAACAGCUUCAACCUCUGCACCCAGCAGCUCAUCCACACCGGGGAACGACCCUACAAGUGCUUGGAAUGUGGGAAGAGGUUUCGGACCAACUCAAGUCUCCUCACACAUGAGCAGACACACACGGAUGAGAGGCCCUUCUGCUGCACCGACUGCGGAAAGGGCUUCAGCCAGAACUCCCACCUUGUCAGGCACCGGCGCAUCCACACAGGGGAGAGACCGUACAAGUGUGGGGAGUGUGGGAAGAGCUUCUCUCAGAGCUCUAACUUGACCAAACACCAGCGGACCCACCAGUAAGGGAAAGCCCUGUGAGUGCCCUGACUGCGGGAAGAGCUUUGGCCACUGCUUCCACCCCGAAUGAACCCCCUGAUGGUGAGGCAACCCCUGGAGUCCAGUGACUGUCAGUCCAUCCCUUUCAACCACAAAGGGCCAGUCCCCUUACACAGGGGCAGGUUCUUCCAACAGAA